CACGAUGGACACAACGAGCAUUUUACAGCGGACACUGAUCGUGGAGGCUGCUCCAGCGCCUCCCGACGGCGGCUGGGGCUGGGUGGCAGUGCUUGCGGGAUUCAUAUGCCACCUGGUCAUUGACGGCAUUGUCUACUCGUCUGGCAUCUUUUUCGACGAGUUCCUCGUGUAUUUCGGCGAGGGUUAUGCGGCCACCUCGUGGAUCUCCUCCAUCACCUUCGGCUGCUACCUGAUAUCCAGUCCGGUGGCCAGUGGGUUGACUAUCCGGUACGGCUGCCGGCCCAUUGCCAUCCUCGGUUCACUCAUGUCGUCGUUCGGGCUUUUCAUUAGCAUCUACGCGACAGGCAUCAAGUUCCUCUACUUCUCCCUCGGAUUCAUCACAGGCACUGGAUUUGGGUUCACGCUCCUGCCGGCCAUCGUGUGUGUGACGUCAUACUUCGACCGCCGCCGCUCACUGGCCACUGGUAUCACCGUGUGCGGAUCGGGCGUCGGUACCUUCGUCAUGGCGCCGCUUAUUCAGGCACUGUUGCGCUUUUAUGGUUGGAAAGGAACGCUCAUCAUCUGCUCGGGCCUCAGUUUACAAGGCGUCGUAGCAGGCUCGCUGAUGCGGCCCGUCGGGGGUCCAAGUUCCUCGGACAGUGACAGCCUAACCAGCACUUAUGAGCCGUCGGAACUGUACGCUGGGCCCAGCCGUGGGGUGCGCCCGCUGGCCGUGUACGACGUAUCUUCCAGCGUGCCGUCGCCCCCUGGAAGGGGCUCACCAACCGAUGCCGUGCAGCUGACAAUGGUGCCUGACCAAGGAGGUCCGGACACCUUCCAGUCUCGCAUUCGGCUCCGGCGCGACCUGUUCUACGAAGGCUCGUUGCCCGACGACCAACGGCAACCGACGGCAGCAUUCUUCUCGGCCGACAGCUCGCUGCUCGAGGGAACAGAGCGCCGCUCGCAGAUCGUCACACUCGUCGACAAUCGCAACAUAAUUGCUAGGGCGCUGUUUUCUUACCAAAUGGCUGCUGUGCUGGGAGAGAUGCUCAAUUUCCGGCUGCUAUCAGACGGAGCCUUCCGCAUGUUCUCGCUGUCGCGCAUCUUCUGCGGCAUCGGCUACAGUGUGCCUUACCUGUUCCUCACCUCACGGGCGGUUACCGAGCUGGGUGUCAGUGAGACAGACGCAAGCUACUUGCUGUCAGUGAUUGGCUUCACGAACGUGGUAGGCCGCGUGGCUAUCGGCGCUGCGUCUGAUCGGGUGCGAAAGUAUCGCGUGUGGAUCUUCAUCGCCUGCAUCAUGGUCUGUGGCUUGUCCACCGUGCUCAGCGUGCUGUGCAGCUCCUACACCGAGCUGCAAGUCUACGCAGCAACUUAUGGCGCCGCUGGAGGAGGCUUUAUAACACUUAGCUCUGUCGUCGUCGUGGACAUGGUGGGCCUGGACCGGCUGACCAAUGCCUACGGACUGUGCCUGCUCUGCCUGGGCGUCGCAGCACUCAUUGGUCCGCCGCUGAACGGUUGGGUACACGACGUGAGCGGCUCGUAUGCACCGGGCUUCAUCCUGGCCGGUGUUUCCAUGUACGCUGCUGGCGUAGUGCUUAUCGCGGUGCCCUAUCUUCAGAGCAAGAAGUCAAGGCGCCGCCUCUCGCACACCGCAACGGCCUGA